GAGCCCUCCUGGAACCGUUCCAGUUUACAGCCUCCAACGGGACUUCCGGUCCCCAUUCAACUGGGAAACCCACUCAUGAAGACAUCACCUGCAGCUGCGCUUCUGUGCCCGCUGAUAGCAGUGCACAGGCCCCAAGCCCUGAGCCCUUCGUGCCCGUCCCUCUGGCGCAGGUUCAGGCCCCUGCCCAGGGCAGCGGCAGGAGUAGUGGCUGUCGGCAGGCCAUGGUGAUCCAGGAGGACAGCCACAAGGACACGCUGCCACUGCCCCUGUGGCAUACCAGGGUGCUCUCACCAGUUAGGGACAUGCCUGUCCCCCACAUCCUGGUAGUGAAGAUAGCCCUGAACCUCAUCGCCAGGGUGCCCCAGCUGCCUGGGAAGGGGGGCGGCCCCAAAAAGCCAAAGGAGAAGCUGCCAUCUGCAGGGAAGAGGCAAGAGCUGGAGAAGAGGUGCUCAGAUAGCCCUGUCAAGGGGGCCAGGAAGAGGAAGGGGGAAGCAGAGAGAGACUGCGACAGUAAGAAAACCAGACUAGAGAAAGAAGUCAAAUCACAGCCCUCUUUGUCUUCGUCCUCCCACAAAGAAUCUUCUGAAACAAAGACCCGCAAGUCCUCCUCAGAACCCUCGAAAAAGGAAAUGCUCCCCCCUCCACCUGUGUCGUCCUCCUCCACGUCGACCUCCCAGAAGCCAGCCAAGUACACACAUAAGCGGUCACGGCGAGAAGCAGACCUCUGCCAAGACCCUCCCCAAAGGGCCAGUGCUCCCAAGAGCAGCCAUAGGGACCCCUCAGUUCCCAAGCACAGGAAAGCCCAGGGCAAGUUCUCCGCAGAACACAGGGGAUCUAGUGAUACUGCAAAUCCUUUUCCAGUUCCUUCUUUGCCAAAUGGUACCUCUAAACCAGGGAAGCCUCACGUGAAAGGUGACAAACAGCAAGCUGAUUUUCACAUGAAGGAGGCCAAAAAGUUGAAGUGCAAAGCAGAAUCAAUGACAGACAAGGUGGGAAAGGCCUUCAAGUACUUGGAUGCCAUCCUGUCCCUUAUUGAGUGUGGGAUGGCUAUGGAGUCGGAGGGCCCGCUGGCCAAGGCUGCGUACUCUGUGUACUCAGAAGCCGUGGACCUUGUUAAGUUCACCAUGUCGCUGAGAUGCUCUAACGGCACAACACAAGAGAAAAUAUUUGCAGUUUUAUGCCUGAGGUGCCAGUCCCUCCUGAACAUGGCAAUGUUUCGCUGUAAGAAAGACACAGCAAUAAAGUAUUCCCGCACCCUGAACGAACACUUCAAGAGCUCUUUCAAAGUGGCCCAGGCACCUUCUCCAUGCAUUGCAAGGAGCACAGGUGCACCGUCCCCCCUCUCCCCAGUGCCUUCUCCUGCCAGCUCUGCUGGGGCCUCACCAAGUGCUGGGGGCCUGGGGAGCAGCGGGGUGACCGCCACAGUCAGCACCCCUGUCACCAUCCAGAACAUGACCUCUUCCUACGUCACCAUCACAUCCCAUGUCCUUACC